AUGCACAGGACUGUUUCCCCGGCGACUGUUAAAACUCCACACGAGAGAUAUACGGAUAAACAGCAGCAUGACACUUCCGUCACAAGUCAUUACACGGCGGUUUUACCCUCACCUAUACAGAAUCACCAACACUAUCACUAUAAUCAUCAUCAAUAUCAACAUCAACCACAAAUACAGCAGAACUCUCCUGUGAUGAUGAUGAUGAUGCAUAAUGGGCCUUCUACAAACUCUGUCAUUCCACUGUUACCACCGCACAUUCAUUCUAUGCUUUAUCACUCUAUUGUAGAGCCCACUGCGGAGACUGUUUCAUUACGGGGAUGUGGAGGUAAAUCGGGGCACACCAUAAACUCUCCCGUUAAUACUUCAGGAUGUCUACGUACACCUACUUAUACGCGUCAACCACCACAGCAUCAACAUCAACAGCACAUUCAGCAUAUUAAUAAUAAUAAUAAUAAUAAUAAUAAUAAUAAUCCGCAAGUAUUUGCUUCCCCUUCUUCUGUGCGUGUGAAUGUGGGUUGUGCCGUUACCGAUGCCUCUAUCAUAGGUUGUGAUAGUGGUGGUGUUACUACGGCUGAGGAAAUGCAUUUGCUGAAAACAUCAAUGGUAGUACCUUCACCGUGGUCAGAGAACACUUCAGUUGGCAAUAACACCACUAUUUCACCUUCCAUCAUGUAUAGAUAUCCAACAACCGAAACAAAGAAAGGGUUAUUCCCUUCACCAGUUCUAUUUUCACCAGAUCCUAGUCCAUCCAAGUCGAAUGCUGUAUCACCUGCAAAGUUCUCUACGAAAGCCUUGGAAAGAGAAUUGUUUGCCGCCGAUAAUGAUGAACUAGUACAAAUACUUAUGGAGUUAAGUAGUUGUAAUGCAGAGGCAGCAGAGUUUAUUCAAAGUAAAGCCCGUUUGUUUUCUCUACGACACACCAUGACACCUGUGGUAAAAGAACAAGAGAGUAGUGGUGGAAAGUCUUUAUCGCUCUCUCCAGUCCAACCACCAUCCACUACACCAGCGAAAUUACCAAGAUCCAUCACUACAACCACCACGACAACCACAACCACAACUGUUGUCACGCAUCCAAAACGACCAAAUGGGUCUAUGGGUAUUAUGGAACGUUGUUGUGCCUCAGCCAACACCACACCUAGUAAACCACUAGCCUUUGAAGAUGAAACCCCAUUGCGAGAAGAUCAUACGAAAGGUGUAUCUAUUGUAACUGCAACGCCAGCUAAUGGCCCUCCUUACAGUCAUAAUUCUGUACAACCACUUUUAUUAACUCCACCAAAUCAGUAUGUUCCAUCUACAUCUAUAAAAGAGAAGCCUAUCCCUCAUCAUGUGGACGUUUCUAUAAUGGCAGAUGCGAAUAUAAAUGCCGAAAAUCGUCCUUUCUGCAAGGAAUUACAUCCCUGUCUACAUUGGUAUAAAUCAUGCCGUUAUGCUAUGAAUUGUUCAUUUGUGUCGCUUCCACGUAAUCUCUGUCUUCAUUGGAUACGUAAUUCAUGUGUGGCGGGAAAACACUGCAGUGGUGUUCAUCGCUUGCCGGAGCCGUGUCCUCCUGAUGUUCAAACCGUCUUUGCGUUGAGUCACGGGGCGGAUCGCAUUGCUCUUGGGCAUGUCGCCCUACAAGGAGGAGGACAACAACAACAACAACAAGAAAUGCAACAGGAGAUCAAGACAAUUGUAGAGCCUUUAUUUCAAACACGAGAGUUUCCCAUGACGCCAAAAGAACAAAUAAUCUCCAACCCUGAAAGUAUUCCAGCAAGUCUAGAGCAUUACCAUCAUGAAUUACACCUUAACGAAGAAGAAGAAGAGGAAGAGGAAGAGGAUAAUAAUAAUAAUACUACUACUACGACGACUACUACUACUUUUGCAGGUCUUUCAAAACAAGGUACAGAUGAUACUUCUGGUGUUUCUUGCAAUUGUAGGAGUUGCCGCAGUGUACCCUCGGACGAGCUUCAACCAGGAAAGGAGUCGACACUCAUAGGCUCCCCACAAGAGAAACAACAACAACAACAACGAGAAGAAGAAGAAAACCUGUUGUUUCAACCGGUUGUGGCUCAACCAAUUUGUCGUUCUUUAAGUGAUAGUUUUGCCGCUGCUGCUGCUACUACUACUUCUGCUGUGAUGAUUACACCGACUGCAUGUGAGCCGGAUGAGGACGGCGGAGGAUGUCCACCACGGCAGGCACUUACUCGCACACAUUCCCCAGUGUGA